AUGGCCCAGCCGGAGCAGCACAAAGGCGGAUACAAGCAAAUCAACAAAGCUCUGAAUGUGUGUGCCUUUGAUGCCUACCUAUCUGCUCAGCUGAAGAACCUCCCGCAUCUGCAAGAUGUUGAGCAGCUCAGCCCUAGAGUCCUACGAGUGUUGGGACAGAAUGCUGGAAAGGGAACAAACACCUACAUUGUUGGGACCGGGUCACACAGACUGAUCAUCGAUACUGGUCAGGGGGUUCCGGAAUGGGCAGACCUCUUGGACACUACCCUCAAUGACCAUUCGAUCUCGUUAUCGCACGUCCUUCUCACUCACUGGCAUGGAGACCAUACCGGGGGAGUUCCGGAUCUUAUUCGCCUGUAUCCUAACCUUACGGAGGCUAUUUACAAGAAUUCUCCCGGUAGUGACCAGCAACCCAUCAACGAUGAUCAAGUAUUCCGGGUGGAAGGUGCUUCUAUCCGGGCAGUCCACGGCCCUGGCCACUCCCACGACCAUAUGUGCUUCAUCCUUGAGGAGGAAAAUGCCAUGUUCACGGGCGAUAACAUUCUGGGCCACGGAACCAGUGCUGUUGAAGAGCUGGGGAUCUAUAUGGAUACUCUCCGGAAACUCAAGUCUUACAACUGUUCCAUCGGCUAUCCUGCCCACGGCGAUGUGAUCUCUAACCUGCCCACAAAAAUAGCGGGAGAGCUCGCGCAGAAGAUGAGACGCGAAAAGCAAGUCCUCAUGACUCUCAACCGCUUGAGGAAAGAGUCAAAUAGUACAGGUCAAGGAAAGAAGCCAAGCGUGACCGUCAAGGAAUUGGUGGUGCUGAUGCACGGCGAUUACCUAGACGAGGAGAUGCGAAAGAUGGCCCUGGAGCCUUUUAUUCAGGAGGUUUUGCAGAAGCUUGCGGAAGAUGGCAAAGUUGCCUUUGAGAUGCGAGGGGGAGUAAAACGGUGGUUUGGGAUUGAAGUGCUCUAA